AGGAAGUAUUUUGGUUACACAAAGCGGAAGCGUACAGUUUACUGAACCUGAAAGUGUUUCAGGAGAAAAAGAGGAAAACUGCAGUCCACGAGGAACAACACUGUUAUAAAUCAUAAUACACAGGGCGGAGUGGACAUUGUUUUUCGUGGCUGGUCCCCCAGGUCACUCCACCUCUGACCGUCCCAUCUGCUUCUUGUCACCAGGAGUUUGCCCCUGACGUCGUUCACCAUCAGUGCCGGACUAAGCGUACUCAGCUCCCGUCACCACCUCUCUAGUCUGUAGUUUCAGCCCAGCUCAGGUCGUCUCAUCCAGAACAGCCUCUAUCUCUGUCAAUGGCGGGGCGCGGUGGAGGAGCAACCAGGCCUAAUGGUGCCGCAGCAGCAAACAAAAUCUGCCAGUUCAAACUGGUGCUGCUGGGGGAGUCAGCAGUGGGGAAGUCAAGUCUGGUGCUGCGCUUUGUCAAAGGCCAGUUCCAUGAAUACCAGGAAAGUACAAUUGGAGCUGCCUUCCUGACACAGACUGUCUGUCUGGACGACACCACUGUGAAGUUUGAGAUCUGGGACACAGCAGGUCAAGAGCGCUACCACAGCCUGGCUCCAAUGUACUACAGAGGAGCCCAGGCGGCAAUCGUGGUCUACGACAUUACCAACACAGAUACUUUUGCACGAGCGAAAAACUGGGUGAAGGAGUUGCAGAGACAAGCCAGUCCUAACAUAGUGAUCGCUUUGGCCGGCAACAAGGCAGACAUUGCAAACAAGAGAGCUGUAGAGCUUCAGGAGGCACAAACAUAUGCUGAUGACAACAGUCUACUCUUCAUGGAGACGUCAGCCAAGACCGCCAUGAAUGUCAAUGAAAUUUUCAUGGCUAUUGCAAAGAAGCUACCUAAGAACGAUCCUCAGGGUGGAGCUGGACAAGGAGGGCGGACCAGGACAGGAGUGGACCUACAAGAAGCCGCUCCGCAGGGCCGCAGCAGCCAGUGCUGUGGUGGCGGCAAUUAGCAAGUACAAAACAAUAAACUUAGUGAGCGAGCCUUGAACAUGGUUUUAAGGACAGCACGUAGCUAAAACCCAGAAAGGCAGGAAAGGGCAGAGCCACUCGCCACUCCUGCACUUAAACUGAGAUUACAGAUGAGAUUAUCUGGAUCCUCUUUGAUUAAAGGAACAUUUUUUUUAAAAAGAAUCAUAAGCUAGAGGGAAAUACCAAGAUCCCUCACUACUCUUCUCUUCUGUCUCUGCCCCCUGUAUCUAUCUACCUCCCUGUUCAUCCUCAACUUCUGUCUCAGUUGAUUGAAUUCUGUCUUAAAUGAAUUUUUUGAAGGGUGAUGCUGAGGUUUUUGCCAUUUGUUUGUGUGUGUGUGUGGGUGUGUGUGUGUUAUGUAUGUGUAUGUGUGUAUAAACUAUAUAUAUUAUAUAUAUUUACAUAUACACACAUAUACAUAUAUAUUUUGUGUUGUUUACUUUUCUACUCCUGUCAUUUCCCUCCUCAUUGAUCAUCAUAAUGAAAGAUACAGAUACCCAACUGUAAAGUACUAAAGCUGAAAUUGCAAAUGAAAGAGCAAUUAAUCUUAAGUGGGUUUUUUGUCUCAUUGCAGUUGAGAUCUCAGCAUUUUGUCAUUCUUGUUAGGGACCGAGGUUACAUCACGGUGAUAAGGAAAGCUCUAGACUUCGCUUAUUGAAGCAGGUCAUGAUUCAUUAGGCUACACAUCUGAAGAUGUUUUUGAACUGUGCAACAAAUGCAGUUGUUUGCAUUCAUUGUGUAUUGAUACCUGUAACACCAGAGAGUUGUUAGCCUUUUUUAAGAGAAAUGUGAAAAUAAAUUGUAAAUCUAAAACGUAAUAAAUAACAUGAAAGAGUA